CACUCACUGUGUAGCCCAAGCUUGUGUCUAUCUCUCAGUAAUUCUCCUACUUCAGCCUUCCAGUUCCGGGAUAACAGAUAACAGUUUGUGAUGGAGCCCUCGCCCCUUGAGCUACCGGUUGACGCAGUGCGGCGCAUUGCGGCUGAACUCAAAUGCCACCCAACAGAUGAGAGAGUUGCACUCCGCUUGGAUGAGGAAGAUAAACUGAGGCAUUUUAGAGACUGUUUUCAUAUCCCCAAAAUGCGGGAUCUGCCUCCAAUUGAUCCAUCUUUAGUGAAUAAGGAUGAAAAUGCCAUCUAUUUAUUGGGAAAUUCCCUUGGCCUUCAGCCAAAAUUGGUUAAAACAUACCUGGAAGAAGAGCUAGACAAGUGGGCCAAAAUGGGAGCCUAUGGUCAUGAUGUAGGGAAACGCCCUUGGAUUACAGGGGAUGAGAGUAUUGUAGGCCUUAUGAAGGACAUUGUGGGAGCCCAUGCGAAAGAAAUAGUUCUAAUGAAUGCUUUGACUGUUAAUUUACAUCUGCUACUGUUAUCAUUCUUUAAGCCUACACCAAAGCGGCACAAGAUUCUUCUAGAGGCCAAAGCCUUCCCUUCUGAUCAUUAUGCUAUUGAGUCACAGAUUCAACUUCAUGGACUUGAUGUUGGAAAAAGUAUGCGGAUGAUAAAGCCAAGAGAGGGGGAAGAGACAUUAAGGACAGAGGACAUACUGGAAGUAAUCGAGGAGGAAGGAGACUCGAUUGCGGUGAUCCUGUUCAGUGGAGUGCAGUUUUACACUGGUCAGCUCUUCAACAUGCCUGCCAUUACAAAAGCUGGACAAGCAAAGGGCUGUUUUGUUGGCUUUGAUCUAGCACACGCUGUUGGAAAUGUUGAACUCCACUUACAUGACUGGGGUGUUGACUUUGCCUGCUGGUGUUCCUACAAGUAUUUAAAUUCAGGAGCUGGAGGUCUGGCUGGUGCCUUUGUCCAUGAGAAACAUACUCAUACAAUCAAGCCUGCGUCUUACUUUCAAGUUCUGGGAGGCAACUGAGACAACAGCAGUAGCUGAAAUUGUUUGGAAAGUCUUUCGGACCCUCCUGAACAAAAACUUGAAGGGAGGUUUCCUAUGGCUGGUUCUCAAGGGGGAACAUUACCACUCCAUGUGGUAUAACUUCACUUAAUAUAUAUGUGUAUAUAUUGUACAUGCCUUUCUAAGCAAACAUAAAAAAAUAUGAAAGGAGUCUUUUAAUUGCAAAGGCUUAAUAAUCAGAAAUGUUUGGCAAACAGCAGUGUUCAAAUGACCUUGACUUUGUGUUAGCUUUACAAAUGUCACCUUUCUAUUUCAUAUGGUCCAUGAUAAUGUAUAAUGUUUGCCCUUUUGAUUUAGGAAUUCCAAUAAUACCUGAAUUCUAUGAAAAGUUUUAUUUUUUUCUGCAAGAUCCCAUGGCUGUAAUUCAAUAUUCAGCACCCAACCUACUUUUAUGAAAAUGGAUAUUCUGCUUUGAUUGGAUGUGCAGAAAGAUGAUUUCUGCUCACAAUGUUAACCUUAGUCAGUGAGAUCCUAGUGCUCAAUGUUGUUGUCCCUUAUUUGCACUCUGAUUCAGCAGAUCUCCAAACACCCCCAUUAUGUUUGAUCUCCUGAAAUGUUCAUUUCUCUUGGAAUAAAUUUGUGAGCAUUUUAAUUGGCCCAGAAUGAUGCCGACUGAUAAUUUUGAUGCGAAUUCUCUAAUUUCUAAUUCGUGUCAACACAUUUUCAUAACAACUUACAGUCAUUUGAUUGAAGAUUUUAAAUAUAGAUGACAUUUUAAAAACUUUAUUAAGGGCUUUCCCCCUCUUUAUUGCUACAGAUAGUUUGCAAGUUAAAACAGUCUGUCUAACUUAGUGAAUGGUUACAACAAAUUUUAGAUCUCAGAAGCACAGGUUAGUAUCAUUGUUUCAGCACUUAUUAUGCACAUAAAAUGAUUCUCAGAGAAGUCCAGUGAAGAAUAAACAUAUGCAUGAAAAUGUCCUACCAAAAGACUUAACAAAACAUAUAAGCUUAUACCAUGCUUCACCCAACAUCGAUUUGAUGUUUCCUAUAUCUACAUACAUCCAGAGACAUGCCCCAAACCUUAUCUAAAAUGGAAACCUUGCUUUAGUUUCUUAGUGAUCCCUUCUGACUCACUACUUACCAAAGCCUCUGUUGCUUCUGCAUAAUGCCUCCAUAUGCAAAUGCUCCUAUAACAAAGAGGAGAGGUUGCAGAGGAAGGUGCAAGUGUAGGACUAGUUCAGCCCUGGAGAUAAUUUUAACCACACAUUCUUGGAAGAAAAAAUUUCCAUGGCUAGCCAUUAUUAUCAUCAAAUUGCAAAUUGUGAGUUUCUCAUUAUGCAAAUAGUACCCAGUGUUGAACACAAUACAGUGAUGUAAGAAAACAAAGAUUUUCCUACAAGAAAAGAUGUUCACUCAUCAACCACCCUCAUAAAAUUAGUCCUCACUUGAACAUCCUUCCUCAACUAAAUUGGCAUCCAAUUCUGUAAAUUACUUUGUGUAGUUUCAUCAUAAAUAAGAGAAGAUACAGCAAAAGCAUACUGAAUAUUAAAAGUAAGAUCUUUCCAGAGAGUCACAAUGUGAAUAAAGUUGAAAAACUGUUGAUUCCUAAUCAUGGGCAAGAAUAUGCCAUAGUUAGAGCUGCUAGCAUAGAUAGUUGAAGAAAUCUGAUAAUAAUCUUAAAUCAAAUAACUGAAAUAUUAAGGAUUUUAGAGAAAAUAAUUGUUAAAAAAUCUCUAAGAUCCUUUGUAAAGAGUUAAACCUUGUAUAAAGGGGAUUGUAUUUUACCACCAUCAUUACUGACUCAAAAUACAGACCAAAAAUAAACAAUGGAUGUAUUGUUUGUUCUUUUCAAAAUUUGUUUUCUAGGGCUGGAGGAAUGACUCAGCAGCUAAGAGCACUGGCUAUUGGUUCAGAGGAUCCAGAUUCGAAUACCAGCAGGUGCACAUGAUUCACAGCUGUUGGUAAUUCGAAUCCCAGGUGACUCCCCCACCCUGUUCUGGCCUCUGAGGUCAUCAGAUCCACAUGUGGUGCACAGAUAUACAUGCUCAAAAAGCACCAGUACAUAUGGAAAUUAAAAACAAAAUAAUUAUUUCAAAUGGUAUCAUUUCUAUUUCAAAUUUAUCAGAUUCUAAACUGAAACUUUUCAUAAUUUUCAACUUCAUAAUUUUUUAUCUAUUUAUUUUUGUUUCACAUAUAUGAGUGUUUGUCAGUGCUACAUAUGAGUGCCUAGUAGCUACAGAGGCCAGAAGAGGGCAUUAGAUCACCUGAAAUUGGAGUUAUAGAUGGUGGUAAGCUGCCAUGCAGGUGCGGGGAACUGAACUUCAGUUCUCUGCAGGAACAGCCAGUGCUCUUAACUGAUGAGCCAUCUCUCCGGUAUUUUCAUGUACUUAUUUUAAGGUAACACUUCAAUAGAUACUUAAAUACUUUCUCCAUUACAUUUAAAAUUUAUUUCAAAAGAUAUUUGCUCAGUUUGUCAUCAAAGGAUAAAGAAUUCCAGUGUCUUUA